AUAUAUGUACAUGAAUAAUGUCUCUCACACCUCCUAUCAGUCUAACUAUGAUUGCUUCAGCAAUAGCCAUCAUCCUCCUCUUUCUUACCUUCCUCUGGUCUCUCAUCCAGAGGCCAAGAUACCAAAAACUGCCUCCUGGUCCUUGGGCGCUGCCAGUCAUUGGUAAUCUCCAUAUGCUAGGCAACCUCCCACACCGCAGCCUCCGAGACCUGGCCAAAAAAUAUGGACCCAUAAUGUCCAUGCGUCUAGGCACCAAAACCACCAUAGUGGUCUCAUCCUCUGAAGCUGCAGAGUUAUUCUUGAAAACCCAUGACACCAUUUUUGCCAGCCGCCCCAAAGUCCAAUCCUCCGACUACUUGUCGUACGGCACAAAGGGCAUGGGUUUCAGUGAAUAUGGUCCAUACUGGCGGCAUAUUAGGAAGUUGUGCACUCUGCAGCUUCUUUGUCCAUCAAAGAUUGAGGCUUUUGCUCCAUUGAGGAGGGAAGAGGUGGGUUUGUUGGUUGAGUCGCUGAAGAAAGCCGAAGCGGAGGGCCAAGUUGUGGAUCUUAGUGAGAAAGUUGGUGAGCUGAUUGAGAGCAUAACGUAUAGGAUGGUGUUGGGGAGCAAAAAUGAUGAUACGUUUGAUGUGAAGGGAAUUAUCGAGGAGAUCAUGUUGUUGACAGGGGCAGUCAAGAUUGGUGAUUAUUUGCCUUUCCUCAGUCCAUUUGAUUUUCAGGUAUGUAAAGAAAGCAUGUUGAUUUUUGCAGCAUUCAUAUGUUUUCCUUAUAAUCAAUAGUAAAUUUGGCUUACCCUCCAAAUUGGAGUGUUAUUAAUAGGAGUGUUAUUAUAAUGGAUACAAUAUAAAGAUUCAACCUCAUC